CCAGAUUUCGUUCUGCAGCAUGUCAAUGGGUCCAGUUUUGCAGCCUCACGGGGCAACACCCACAAGUCCUUCACAGUCCGACAUGUUACCACUAGAAACCAAGAUGGCGACCGGUGCCAACCUAGCAACUCACCUUGAAGUUCAAAGUGAUGCCCGAACGCCUAUUUCCCCUACUCAAACCCCCCUUACUCCAGAUUCAAUGCGCGCCCAAAGAGAUCUCCAGUUACUUCGGACGAUAUGGGAUAAAAAUAUGCAGAACAAGCCCGUGAAGCAUGAUAGAGUGUGCGUUCUUUUGUUAUCCUGGCGGGAAGAGCUCGAUGACCUCAAAGUGAAACCAGAGGUUGAUCAAUUACAGGCAGUUUUCACCGAUCUCUAUGGGUUCAAGGUUACGCGGGAAGUAUUGGAUAAUGAGCUGCCCAAACAUCAACUCAAUUGCUAUCUAUCUACCUUCAUGUAUAAAAAUGAUGGUAAAGACACAUUGUUAAUCGUCUAUUAUGCUGGCCAUGGUAGCUAUCGUCAGAACAGCGUUCAUAUGCACGCCACAACAGGUCUGCAGACAGAGAACGAGGAGCAACGCAAUUGUAUCGCCUGGUCUGGUGCGGAGAGUAAUCUUACUAGUUCCCAAGCAGAUGUGCUUGUCAUUUUCGACUGCUGCGAGGCUGGUGGAAUUGGGGGACACAAAGUCCGGUCCUAUUCCAAGCCAAAUUUCGAAUUCAUUGCUGCCUGUGGGAUGAGGGAAAAGGCUGCUCGGCCUGGGGAAAAGUCUUUCACCAGUGCACUGAUGUGGGCAUUGAGAGAAUUAAUAUGCGAAUAUCCAUUCACGUCGAUCACUCUGGUCGAUAAGAUCAAGAAAUAUCCACAUCGCGACCCGAGACAAAACCCAGAGCUCCUCCGGCGAGAUGAGGUUGCGGACGGAAUAGUCUGGAUUGCGCCGAUUAAAGCCGGUGAACCACAGCCAGAAUCAAUUGCGCGGAGCGAGCAUCGCGAUCCACGUCACGAAUACAUCGACCUACGACUUAACUUCUAUCGGCCUGUUAAGGCCGAGGAUGUUAAGGAAAUGGCAAGAACUCUCAGUCGGCUUGUCAACAACGAGCCAACAUUUGAAGCGAAACACAUUGCUUUACUGGAUGUAUCGUCAACGUUCUCGAAGGCUGUUUCAAUCUUUAGAAAUAGCACCGCGACAGGGAAGCGUAAGAGGUCUUUGUCGACACGUCAUAACGGGUCUACAUCAACAACAGUAAUAUAUUCUGGCGAGGCCCGGCGUGGACUCCUAGAGUCUACUCUCGUUGAAGCACCGACGUAUACUCUUCCGCUGGCGAAACGCCCACGAUGUGAGGAGUUGCAACCCGAAUUAGUUGUUGAGCAGCAAGGGGCUCUCUAUCAUUUUCGCAUGUUCCUCAAUUGUUCUCUGCAAAGCGUGGGAUCCCAAAUUGGGCGUGUAGCUGAUCGAGUCCGGCCGCCUCUAAGAAACAGAGAUGUACCAGAGCCGAUUCACCAUAGUGCUUGAUAUUAUUAUGGAGUACGGCAACCCCAAGUGUCCUAUGACGUUGUGCAAUCCUUUUUCAUACAUCAAUAGAGUUUCGUGGGCGAUCUCUUUGCACUGAAACGCAACCCUGUAUUAACUUCUCAUCAGAGAAUUGACUUCAUCUGCAUGUCUUCCUUCCCAAUAUCUUAAGAGGAGGAAAGUUUAUGGAUGUACCGAACAUUGCCUUCUUGUACUUGUAAUAGAACUGGUCAAGUAUGUUAAAUGAUUUGGGGGGUUUUUCUUGGGGGGGAAGGGUUGUCCAACUGUUCGAGUUGCCCCAAACAUACAAGCUGUACUACAAAAUAGUUCAUAACUCCGAA